GUUGCUCUCCUGUUCUCCUCCCCUCACGUGUGGUACAAGCCCUUAAUCUCAACGUGCAUGAACUUGGAUUGCAAAUCAAGCCACCACAAGAUACAAAUAAGGACUCAAAAAGAAGUGCAGAUCGUAAUGCCAUAACAAGGAAUAAAAAGGGAAAUAAGGAUGAUGCAACAGCUCAACAAUCUCAACCUCAAUAUUGUGUCAUCUCACGAAGCCGCAGUAACUCGCCAGAGAUAUUUCUUCCAAAAGAAUGGACUUACUAGCUACCCAAACACCCACUUAGACACCUUUACAAAGUUUCAACACAAUCAAAAUUAAAGCACACAAUAUCAUCUCUGGUUUUAUUGCUGUUGAUUUCUACUACUUGAUAAUAAUGAUGAUAAUGAUCAUGUAAAUGUAAAUUAAAAUAAUAAAAGCAAUAAACAUGAUGAUAUCUCUCUCUGAUAUAUGUUCAUUAUUUUUGUAACUUUAUAAUUUGCAAAACUUGAU